AUGCGUGAGCUGCACAUCAGAAUAGUUGACUUCGGUGUUGCUUCUUGGUCAGACAAUCAUCUUUCGGAUGUGGUUCAAUCUCCAGCUUUACGAGCACCAGAAGUCACAAUCGGUGCCCAUUGGGAUGCUAGGGUUGAUAUCUGGAGCCUCGGUUGCCUUAUUAUUGAGUUUAUGCAAGGGAUAGUGCCUUUCUCUGGAGUGGCAGCAAAAAACGGUUCGUGGACGGUUGAUGAUGACCGGCUCGCAAGGACAAUCGAAAUACUUGGCAAUUUCCCGCCUGAGCUUCUUCGGAAAGGAAACAGAACUGCAGAAUUUUUUAAUACGGAUGGCAGCCUUCUUCGAAUCUCAGAUCUGACAUCGACAAGUCUCGAAAGACUCAUAGAUGGCACUGAGAGGCCUUUCCUCAGACCUAACGACAUGUCCGACGCUGAAAUUCCCAUUUUCAUUGACUUUCUUCGAGGUAUGCUCACAAUUGACCCAACAAAUCGAAAGUCGGCCGCAGAACUGCUACAGCAUGAGUGGCUUAAAUUGUAA